AUGAUCAACCCCGACAACCUCCGAACAGUGCUGAACACUGACAUCCGAACACCAAUUCCCGAAGCCACCGUCUCGAAGAUCAUUUCCCUGCCGCCUUUUGUUCCUGUGCCUGGCGUGACCAAUUUCCGCGAUCUCAGCCAUGACAGCAACCAUGUACGUCCUGGAUAUGUGUAUCGGUCUGGGAACAUGUCCGAUAUCACAGACGUGGGCAAAGCUGUUUUGGUCGACCAGCUCGAAAUCACCACAAUAUUUGACCUCCGAAACCAAGGAGAGCGUGAACAUGCUCCCAGUCCGGACAUCCCCGAGAUCGAGACGAUAUGGAUGCCCUACGGGGCUCGCCCGGCUUCAUUGAGCCUGCGCGAAUUCGCCGGCGAAGAAAAAGGGACGACAGGCUUUGUCAAGAUGUAUACGGGUAUCCUCAAUGCUGCGACUCCGGCUUUGACCCAGGUCUUUACGCAUAUCCGCGAUCGCCCUGAUGACCCGUUUGUGUUUCAUUGUUCUGCCGGCAAAGAUCGCACGGGCGUUCUGGCAGCCCUCAUCUUACUCCUCGUUGGUCGACCCCACGACGAGAUUAUCUCCGACUACAUCCUCACUCGUGUCGCGCUGGAGAGUACGCGAGAGAAUCUCACGCAUGCACUCGCCCUCCACGUCGGCAGCGAUCACCUCAGUCCCGAGGCCGUGGGCAUGCUGGAGCUGUGCGGCGUUCGAGCACAUGCCAUGGCAGCAUUUCUCAAAACCUUCGAGAGUAUGUACGAUGGCGGCAUCGAGGGGUUUUUGACCGGCAAACUAGAGUUUUCCGCGAGUGAUAUCCAGACCAUGCACCAGAACUUGGUGGCUUAG